AUGGGUCCUACAGGACGCCUUGUUACCAUCAAAAGGAGCGGGGCGGACGGCCCCCACUUUCCACUGAGCCUCAGCACCUGCUUGUUUGGAAGGGGUAUUGAAUGUGACAUUCGCAUCCAGCUCCCUGUAGUCUCAAAACAACAUUGCAAAAUUGAAAUCAAUGGGCAGGAGGCAAUGCUGUUUAAUUUCAGUUCCACGAAUCCAACACAAGUCAAUGGAUCUACCAUUGAUGGACCUGUACAACUAAAGCAUGGAGAUGUGAUCACUGUUGUUGACCGUUCCUUCAGGUACGAAAAUGAAAGUCACGAGGACAGAAGGAAGUCUACUGAAUUCCCAGGACAAAGACGCAAACAGGAAUCUCUGCAUCGAGUCUCAAGAUCUAGCCUCUCUUCCGACCCUGACGGGAAGCUUCAAGAUUCCGAUGUCCGUUCAAGAGCCUCGGAAGACAGUGUUUCAGGAAGGCCUCUGAAGAAUGUCCAAGCAGCGGGCAUGGUCUCUGGUGGCUGUGAGGACCGGGUUGCAAGCAGAACGCCUAAUGUCGUUCGUCCCUCGGAACUUGCUGGAGGUAACUCCAGAAAUACCACGGAUCCUACAGGCAAGGAUUCUAAGGAAGAUUUCAGCAUAACGUUAGUGAGCUGUAAAGGAGACCUGAAGCCUUUACCCUCUACGCGGGGUCUGGAGAAUGGUGCAAACAAUGAAUCUCCCUUUAAGAAGCUUUACGAGUCAAUGAAGGAAGAGCUUGAUGUGAAAUCAGAAAAAGGAGAUGUGCUACAGAGCGGUAAAAAAUCAGGAACACGGAGUCAUCACCCACCAGAGAAGGAAUGUUCUGGUGAUUUACAAGGCGGGACACAAGUCCCAGUGUCACUUAAAUCCAGACCUAGGUCAGGUCGGGGCACCCAAAUGAAGGCAGAUCCUGCUUUGGGAGAACAAGGUAUUAGCCAGACCGAGGACAGGAGACAAGGUGAGGAGGCUGUGGAGACUCCCAAGGAGACCAGGGGUCCCAUCGUCCCUCCUGAGGAGAUGACAGAAACCAAGACCCUGGCACAACGUUCCCCGCAGUCCUCGCGGAAACGUCAGCGUGAAGACCUGAUGGUCGCCGGCGGAAGUGCGCCUGUGAAUUUGGAUCAAAAGGAAGGCUUCAGGACAGAUAACAAGACGUUUACUCCUAGGAAGUCCUUAGCCAGAAACCAAACACCCGCUAAAGUCGAAAACGCUGAUAAUUUUGGAGCUACACCAGAAAAGCUCUUUUCCAAAAGGAGGAGGAGUAUUCCUACCAGUGUGGACGUUCUUACGCCAGAACCAGAAACUCAGAAUCACGCGAUUUUAGCUCCGUUGCCCGUUCAAGUUGAAAGGAAGAUUCCAAACAGUUCUGUCCACCAGCCUGAGAAAGCGGGCGCCGCCGUGGGGCGCAUGCACUCUGGGUUGCCUGGUCGUAGUUCAGUUGAUACAAGCAACUCUGGGGACUCCAUCAAUAAGACUGAGGGAACACCCCUGAAAAGAAGGCGGGUCUCCUUCGGUGGUCGUCUGAAGCCGGAGUUAUUUGAUGAAAACUUACCUCCUAAUACACCUCUCAAGAGAGGAGAAACACCCAGAAGGUCACUUGUAAGCCACACUCCACCUGUCCUGAAGAAAAUCAUCAAGGACCGUCCUCAACCAUCGGGAAAAGAAGAUUCUUCCCGACUCCAUUUGGAAGUGACCGCACAACCGCAGUUCGCGGGAUCUCCAGCUCGUGAUCCGACCAGGACUUCUCCAGGUGCCCGUGACCCACGUCGCAGGUCACCCAAGGCGUCCUCGGUCUCCGGUGGCAGCAAAUCUCAUCACACGGAUGUUCCUAAGAGGGGAGGCAGGAAGAGCGGUGGCUUGCUUUCAAAGAGAACCUCCAUCGACCGGAGCCAGCAUGACAUCUUGCAGAGGAUUUACUCCAAAAGAAGGAGCGGAGCUUCUGAGGCCAAUUUAGUCGUGGCGAAGUCGUGGGCGGACGUAGUGAAACUCGGGGCCAAACAGACCCAGGCCAAAGCGGUCAAACACGGCCCCCAGCGACAGCUGAGCAAAAGGCCAAGAAAAGCGAACACUCCGAAGAAGCCUGUUAGCGGCGUUCACAGUGAGUUUAGUACAGGCCAUGCCAACUCUCCUUGUACCAUAAUAAUAGGGAAAGCUCACCUUGAAAAAGUAAAUGUGCCUGCCCGGCCCUACAGAAUGCUCAACAACUUUGUCAUCGACAAGAAGGUGGACUUCAAUGAAGAUCUGUCAGGAGAGAAUGUGUUCCCCGUGACUCAGAAUGGACCGCAAGAGCCGUCUGAUAAAAGCCUCGCGAGCCCUGUCCUCAGACGUCAGAGUGUCAGAGUAAAUGUGAACAUUGAGAAAACUCCGGGAUCGGGGGCUCCGAAGGCCACGUCAAGCGCCAACAGGCUUCGAAGGUCCGUGGGGCCCAGAAGUAUACAGAUGCCAGGAGCAGGGCGCAAGGACGAAGAAGCCAAGAUGGACACUGUGGAGAAUGUUCCGGGACGACUUCUGAGGAAGACCCCGCAACGAGAACAGAAACUGGAGGGAGCAGUGAAGGAACAGGAGAGCUAUUUUGAAGCGAGUGAGAACGAUACCGAGCCAAAGGAAAAUUCUGAAGAGGUGGUCGCAGUGAGGAGAUCGAGAAGAUAUUCAGAGCAAAACCAGGAACCAGCUGCAGACCCGACCCCCCUCAAGACAUGGCAAGACACAGAACCCAAGGAAGACCUGGGAGGCAUCCAAGGUCUCCUCCGCAUGCCCAUUCGUGUGCAGGAACCAAAGGAGGCUGAGAAUGAAACCGCAGAAAAGCGCCAGAAAUCUUCAAAGUUGGAACUAGCUGGCAUGCCAGCCGCAAUGAGUGUGCAGCUUGAGACCCCUCCGCAGAAAGUGGACCUGGAGGAGGAGCCCCUGGCUCUCCGGAAGCCCAUCCAGAUGCCAGGAGGAAGCACACACUCACACGGAGAACCUGCAGGUGGUGAUAGAAACAGCGGAUUGUUUAAUAGAACUCCAGAGCAGAAGCUGAGCCCUGUGGAAAAGCUACCUGGAAGCAAGAGGCGGCCAAGAACACCCAAGAAAAAGAAUCAUUCUCUAGAAGACCUGGCUGGACUCAGAGAACUCUUUCAAACCCCAAGCCACACAGAUAAACCAAUGACUGGUCACCAAACCACCAAAGCACUCUGCAAAUCUCCGCUACCAGGACCAGGCAACACGCCAGCGAGUCAAAAGAGGCGGCUCGAGACCCCUCCCCAGAAAGUAGGCCUGGAGGAAGAGCCCUCUGCUCUCAGGAAGCCCACCCAGACACCAGGGGAAAGCACAAACUCACACAGAGAACCUGGAAGUGAUGAUGAAGACAUCAACUUGUUUAACAAAACUCCAGGGCAGAAACCAAAUCCUGCAGUAACUAGAAGCAAGAGGCGGCCAAGAACACCCAAGAAAAAGGCCCAUUCUCUAGAAGAUCUGGCUGGACUCAGAGAGCUCUUUCAGACCCCAAACCACACAGAUAAACCAAUGGCUGAUGACCCAGCUACCAAAGCACCCUGCAAAUCUCCCCUAGCAGAGCUAGUCAACACACCCGCAAGUCGCAGGAGGCUGUGCAAGACCCCUCUGCAGAAAGUGGACCUGGAGGAAGAAGCCUCGGCUCUUCAGAAGUCCACCCAGAUGCCAGGGGAAAGCCCACACGAACACAGAGAGCCAGUAGGCGGUGAUGAAGACAUCGGAUUGUUCAAGGAAACCCCAAAGCAGAAACUGGACCCUGCAGAAAAUGCUGGAAGCAAGAGGCGGUCAAGAACACCCAAGAAAAAGGUCCAGUCCCUAGAAGAUCUGGUUGGCCUCAAAGAGCUUUUCCAAACCCCAGAGCACACUCCAGACCCUGUGACUGUUGACCAAACCACCAGAGUUCCCUGCAAAUCUCCACGAGCAGAACCAGUCAACAUGCCAGCAAGUAGAAAUAGGCGGCUCAAGACCCCUCAGAAAGUGGACCUGGAGAAAGAGCCCUCUGCUCUCAGGAAGUCCACCCAGAUGUCAGGGGGAAGCCCACACGAACACAGAGAGCCAGUAGGUGGUGAUGAAGACAUCGAAUUGUUCAAGGAAACCCCAAAGCAGGAACUGUACCCUGCAGAAAAUGUAGCUGGAAGCAAGAAGCGGCCAAGAACACCCAAGAAAAAGGUCCAUUCUCUAGAAGACCUGGAUGGACUUAGAGGGCUCUUCCAAACACCAGACCACACAGAUAAACCAAUGACUGGUGACCAAACUACCAAAGCACCCUGCAAAUCUCUGCUAGCAGGACCAGGCAACACGCCAGCAAGUCAAAAGAGGUGGCUCGAGACCCCUCCGCAGAAAGUGGGCCUGGAGGAAGAGCCCUCUGCUCUCAGGAAGCCCACCCAGAUGCCAGGGGAAAGCACAAACUCACACAGAGAACCUGGAGGUGAUGAUGAAGACAUCAACUUGUUUAACAAAACUCCAGGGCAGAAACCAAAUCCUGCAGUAACUAGAAGCAAGAGGCGGCCAAGAACACCCAAGAAAAAGGCCCAUUCUCUAGAAGAUCUGGCUGGACUCAGAGAGCUCUUUCAGACCCCAAACCACACAGAUAAACCAAUGGCUGAUGACCCAGCUACCAAAGCACCCUGCAAAUCUCCCCUAGCAGAGCUAGUCAACACACCCGCAAGUCGCAGGAGGCUGUGCAAGACCCCUCUGCAGAAAGUGGACCUGGAGGAAGAAGCCUUGGCUCUCCAGAAGUCCACCCAGAUGCCAGGGGAAAGCCCACACGAACACAGAGAGCCAGUAGGCGGUGAUGAAGACAUCGGAUUGUUCAAGGAAACCCCAAAGCAGAAACUGGAUCCUGCAGAAAAUGUAGUUGGAAGCAAGAGGCAGCCAAGAACACCCAAGAAAAAGGUCCAGUCCUUAGAAGACCUGGUUGGCCUCAAAGAGCUUUUCCAAACACCAAGCCACACAGAUAAGCCAAUAGCUGGUGACCAAACCACCAAAGCACCCUGCCAAUCUCCACUAGCAGGACCAGGCAACACGCCAGCAAGUAAAAAGAGGCGGCUCGAGACCCCUCCCCAGAAAGUGGGCCUGGAGGAAGAGCCCCCAGCUCUCGGGAAGUCCACCCAGAUGCCAGGGGGAAGCCCACACGAACACACAGAAUCAGGAGGCGGGGAUAAAGAUAUUAAAUUGUUUAACAAAACUCCAGAGCAGAAACUGAAACCUGCAGACAAUGUAACUGGAAGCAAGAGGCGGCCAAGAACACCCCAAAAAAAGGUCCAGUCCCUAGAAGACCUGGUUGGCCUCAAAGAGCUUUUCCAAACCCCAGAGCAAACCAAGAAAACAACAGCUGUUGUCAAAACCACAAUAGUGCCCUGCAAAUCUCUGCUAGCAGAAACAGUCAACAUACCAACCCACAUGAAGACACGGCUCAAGGUAGCUCUGGGGAAGGUCACCGUAGAGAACGAGCUCUCAGCUGUCACGAAGCCCACCCAAAGGCCAGAGGAAGCCACACGCACACACAGAGAACCAGUAGGGGAAGAUGAAGACAUCAGAUUGUUCAAGGAAACUCCAAAGCAGAAACUGAAACCUGAGGAAGAUGUAACUGGAAGCAAGAGGCAGCCAAGAACACCCAAGAAAAAGGUCCAGUCCCUAGAAGACCUGGUUGGUCUCAAAGAGCUUUUCCAAACCCCAGACCCAGGGACUGGUGACCAAACCACCAAAGUUCCCUGUAAAUCUCCACGAGCAGAACCAGUCAACACGCCAGCAAGUGGAAAGAGGUGGCUCGAGACCCCUCCCCAGAAAGUGGACCUGGAGGAAGAGCCCUCAGCUCUCAGGAAGCCCACCCGGAUGCCAGGGGAAAGCCCACACGAACACAGAGAACCUGGAGGUAAGGAGGAAGACAUCAACUUGUUUAAGGAAACCCUAAAGCGGAAACUGAACCCUACAGAAAAUGUAACUGGAAGCAAAAAGCAGCCAAGAACACCCAGGAGGAACAUCCAGUCUUUAGAAGACCUGGUUGGCCUCAAAGAGCUUUUCCAAACACCAAACCACACAGAUAAGCCAAUGACUGGUGACCAAACCACCAAAGCACCCUGCCAAUCUCCACUAGCAGGACCAGGCAACAAGCCAACCAAUAGAAGGAGGCGGCUCAAGACCCCUCCCAAGAAAGUGGACCUGGAGGAAGAACCCUCAGCUCUCAGGAAGCCCACCCAGCUGCCAGGGGAAAGCCCACAUGAACACGGAGAACCUGUAGGUGGUGAUGCAGACAUCGGAUUGUUCAAGGACACCCCAAAGCCGAAACUGGAGCCUGUAAGAAAUGUAUCUAGAAGCAAGAGGCGGCCAAGAACACCCAAGAAAAAGAUCCAGUCCUCAGAAGACCUGGCUGGUCUCAAAGAGCUUUUCCAAACCGCAGACCCAGUGACUGGUGACCGAACCACCAAAGCACCCUUCCAAUCUCCGCUUGCAGGACCAGGCAACAAGCCUACCAAUAGAAGGAGGCGGCUCAAGACCCCUCCCCAGAAAGCUGAUCUUAAGGAAGAGCCCUCAGCUCUCAGGAAGCCCACCCAAACGCCAGAGGAAAGCACUCACUUGCUCAGAGAAUCAGGAGGUGAUGAUAAAGACGUUAAAUUGUUUAAUAGAACUGCAAAGCAGAAACUGGGCCCCACAGAAAACGUAACGGGCAGGAAAAAUCGGCCAAGAGCGCCGAACCCCACCCAACCCCUGGAAGACCUGGCCAGUUUCAGAGAGUCCUUCCCGAGGCCAGAUCACACCAAGCAACGGGGUGAUGCUGGUAGCAUCCAGGGAGCUCCAAAGCAAACACCAGACGGAGGGAAACCUGUGAAACCCCUAGCAAGAGUCCGUAGGGCCCCUCAAGGAAAGCCCGUGGAAGAUCUGGCAGGCCACCGAGACCCUGUAAAAUCUCGGAGUGAAAGCAGUGUUUCCCCGUCCCCAAAGAGAAAACGAGGAAAUGAGGGAGGUGGCCCAGGAACAAAGAGGCUGCGCUCUGUGACACCUGCCCAGGCCACUGCCGAAGAGAAGCCUCCCCUGAAGAAAAGAAGGGGGGCCCCCAGAGAAGGACGUGACCCCCCUGAGCCCCUGACCGCGAAGAGAAAGCUAAGGAUUGUAGCGGAAAGGAUGCAAGUCCCAGAGGACCUGACCAGCGGCAAGAGGGAAAGCAGGACAGAGGGGCGAGAAGCGAUGUCUCUCCGCUCGAGACGGCCAAAUAAAACCAAGCUCGAAGAGCAAAGGCCCGAGCCUGUUAAAGCAGCAGCAGAGAAAGUGAAGACAGACAGAAAUGACAAGAAGCCCCGGAAGACCUCCCAACAGACGAAGCCACAAAGCCCUGAAGGCAGAGCCAAGAGUUCUACACCUGCGGGCCGAGUCCUUGCAAGUAGAAUGUGUCUACGGUCUACAAGACCGAGGAAGGUGCCCUUGCCUGACGUGGCAGAGGAGAAGCAAAGGGAGAGAGGUGUGGGUGUCCACGUGAAGAAUCAGGAGGAAGAAGUAACACCACGUUCAGACGUCAUGUCUUUGAGAUCCAGAAAAGUUAAGAUCCCUCCUGGAGGAAAUGCUUUGGAGAGUGAAUCCCAACAGCGAGUAACUCGGAGUGCCAAGAGAUGUGCUGGAAAUAUAAAAAAGGAUGAGGACAAUGCGUGCAUCAAGAAAAUAAGAACCAGAAGUCGUCGGGACAAUGAAGAUGUUUAG